AAAUGCCUAAUGAACAGUGGAAAUCAUAGUGAAAUUCAAAGAAAUUGCCAUAUAACAAAAGAAGUUCUGUUGGAUCAUGUGAAGAAGCAUAUAAAUCGAGGUAAAGACUACCAAGCUAAAGUGAAGAAAUGGGCUGAUCGUGAGAUCACUGAUGAAGAACGAGAAGCGAUUCCGGAUCGUGACGAUGCCGUGUUUGAUUUCGAAGCAUACGAGUUGCUAGCAUGCAGUCAAGCAGUACCACGGCCUGGACGGAACAGGGAGCUCGCAUUGCAUCUGCUCAUGGAAAACAAGGGCAAUAUUCAAGCAGCCGUCAUGGACUUGAUGCGUUCAGAUACACUGGAUUGGGAACAGUAUCCUAUCAUCUACAACAAUAUCUACAAUGAUACUGAUCCAUGGACACCCGAGGAUGUGCAAUCCUUUCAGGAUGCCAUCUAUAAAAGCGAAAAAGAUUUUCAUCAAGUCGCACGUGAUCUCGGCAAUAAAACGGUGAAACAAUGUGUUGAGUUCUAUUAUAUGUGGAAGAAAGCAUGUCCGGAUGAUUAUCGUAAGCUGAGGAAUUUGAGACGGAAGCGACAGUUGCUUGAGAUGCAUCAACAGGUUGGAAACCUUCUCAAAUCUGUUGUUAUCGAGGGUUCAGAGACAUCCGAGGCCGAAUCUGAUGCCACCUACCCUUCGUAUGCUACUGAUCAAGACCAAGUGCUCCAAGAUGAAAGGUUUGCAAAUCUUUGCUUGUUCACCGUUCAUCGAACGCCAGUCAAGAAGGGUGCUCAACCGUCUGCAGAUGGUUAUUUCCAUUGUCGACUCUGUGAUAAAUGUUUCGAAAAGGUGAAAAGUUUGAAUGCUCACAUGAAAUCGCAUGCAAUGAAGGCUCGGGCGGAGGCUGAAGCUCAGGCUCAGUUGAACUUGCAAUUCGGUGCUCAAGCGCAGCAAGCACAACGAACCGUUCAACAGGCUCCACAAGCGCAUCAAAACCAGCAACAUUCGCAAGCCCAUCAGCAGCAUCGUCACCAGCAACAGGCUGUUGCCCCAACACCCCGCACUCCGGUCUGCGAUAAACAACCCACUGUCGUCUCGCCCAACAGCAGCGCCACUGUACCGAGUAUCGCCGCCACAAACAGUGCCAUGGCGGCCGCCCAUCAUAAUGCCCUUGCGCAGAGUCCGUUGGCUCGAGUUGCGCAGAAUCUCUCACAGAAUCCGUUUGGAGCGUUAGCGCAACCUGGUCUCGCGCAAGAUCUAUUCGUUCAAACGUCCUUAUCUGGUGAUCAGUUGGCGCAGAGUACACUAAUGCAGAGUCCCUUGGGGCAGGCUUCGUUGGCCGCCCAUUCAGCCCUGGGGCAGUCGCUGACUGCAGCCAGUGUUUUGAGUCAACUACCUCAAGCUCAAGCUUUGCACUUCUUGAAUACCCUUCACCAUCCGACUCUAACACAAUGA